AUGUGCGGAAUCUUUUUCUCGCUGACUGCGGCCGAGAACCCCGUGCUACUUGACAAAAACCUCCGCUAUUUGUUGACCAAACGGGGGCCAGAUGAGGGCUCAUACAGCAUCGGUGUGAGAGGCGCGCGUCUUAACCUGUUCAACCACGAGGGCAGUGCGCGGAUAUGGCUUUCGUUUGCAAGCACUGUCCUAUCUAUGAGGGGAGGCGAUGUCGUUCGCCAGCCACUGACUGAUAGCGGCAAAACGGGGUCUAUACUUGCUUGGAAUGGAGACGCCUGGAAAAUCGCUGGCCAGCCUUUCCCUGAGAAAAAUGACACGGAGAUUGUCUUCAACCAUCUACUCCAAGCGACUACAAAGGACUAUCUCGCCGAGGACUAUGAUGAAGUUCCUGAUUCCACCCAGCGAGUUAUAGAAGCUAUCAGCAAGAUUACAGGGCCGUUUGCUUUUGUCUUCUACGAUGCGGUCAAUUUCAAACUAUACUUUGGACGGGACUGUCUCGGACGACGGUCUUUGCUUUGGGGCCUUGAUGAGUCUGGCAGUCUCAAGAUCUGUAGUCUUUGUGAUGACUCUACGUCUUCCUCAUAUUUCCAAGAGGUUGAGGCGGACGGUAUAUACAUGAUCGAAUUUGAAGAUGACCAGGAUGCUGCACUGAGGACAAGUUCUGCCGUCGAACCUCUUCGUUUUGACAUUAAGAAUAUACAAAGGAUACCGUGGAGCCACGAGGCUUUGCCAACAUAUCAUAUGUUAAGUCCCAUUCCUCCAAUGAACAAGGCAACGCCGGAAGGAACACCCCCGCCGCUAACCACUACAUCGUCUAUCCUCAGGGAGUUGGAGCACAGACUCCGGCAGUCACUCGCGCUGAGAAUCCAGAAUGUCCGCCCGCCGCCAUUUGUGGGAGACACCAAUGUCAAGGUUGCCGUCCUCUUCUCCGGUGGCCUAGACUGCACUCUACUCGCAAGGCUCGCGCACGAUAUUUUACCAGCCGCGGAGUCCAUCGACCUGCUCAAUGUCGCAUUCGAGAAUCCCAGAGUCGUGGCCGCUGCAGCCAAGGGCUCGGAGUCAUCUACUUCUGUUUACGAAAGCUGUCCCGAUCGUCUCACCGGACGAGCAGCUUUUGGAGAGUUGCGACGCGUAUGCUCAACCCGCAACUGGCGCUUCGUUGCUAUCGAUAUUCCGUACGUUGUGACGGUGUCACAUCGCGACACUAUUAAGCGUUUGAUGCGGCCGCACAACACGGAGAUGGAUCUUUCAAUCGCGUGUGCGUUGUAUUUCGCGGCUCGCGGCCAGGGCACAGCGAUCGAGAGCCAGCGCGCAGAUGCCAAGCCGUAUCCGUACAAAACCCCCGCCCGAGUGCUUCUUUCCGGUCUUGGGGCCGACGAGCUAUUCGCAGGCUACGCAAGACACGGCAUGGCGUUUGCGCGCAGUGGCUUCGAAGGCCUCGUUGACGAAAUUGACCUUGAUGUUGGCCGCCUGGGGAAGCGCAACCUCGGCCGCGACAACCGUGUAAUCGCACACUGGGGCCGCGAAGCACGGUUUCCAUUCUUAGACGAAGACUUCGUCGCCUGGGUAGUGCAAACACCAGUUUGGGAGAAAUGUGGCUUUGGUGUCCCGGAAUGUCCUCCAGUAGACACCGGCAUUGACCCCGAAAAGAAAGCCCUCCGUCUCCUCGCCCUCAGCUUAGGCCUAUCAAGCGUUGCUCGCGAGAAGAAAAGAGCCAUUCAGUUUGGAUCGAGGACAGCCAAGAUGGAAAAGGGCAAAAGCAAGGGAACAGAUGCUUUGAGCUGA